AUGCCACCCACCUACACCUACAGCACCUCUCCCCACGAACCCGCCCCAUCCUCCCUCCCCGCUCGAACCCGCUCCGCCAUAACCUCCGCCCUCGCCGGCCCAACAACAUACCUCUUCUCCAACCCGACGCAAACCCGCAAACUCGCCACCAAAUACGCUGUCCCCCUCGCCAGCGCCGGUCUGGCCAGCCCCCUGCUCUCGCUCCUCCCUCUCGGGCCCCUCGGGCCCCUCCUCGGGCUUCUAGCAACCGCCUUCGCGCGCUUCAAGGUGCGGCAGAACUGCGCGGGGAGCUACUACGCGCUGCUUCACGCGGCGGGACUGGCGGGCGUGAGGGGCCAGGUGUGCGCGCUGCUGAGCUUUAUGAGUCUGGGGGCUGUGUUUGGUGCACCGGGCGCCGCGGCGCAGUCCUGGUUCAGCACGCUCGUUGUGUCUAGUGGUGGAUUUCAAGCUCCCCUUGUCGGUCUCGCGCUCUCCGUGUUCACAAAUGUGUUGGGUGGGUUUGGCGUGCUUCCGGGUAUUCUGGGCGGCAGCAGCGCGAAUGCGCUCAUCCGCGAGCUGGAGUCUAUUGCAGUGUUCUCGGGGUUGCGGUGGAGUCUCGAUCGAACUCUGGAGCUGUGGCAGCGCUUCGUCAAGUCGCUUUGGGGCGUCACCAUGCUAAAGUUCGUUGGAGGUGGUGAAGAGAAGGGGCCCGAGAAUAUGAACGAGACCAAGGAGAGCUGGAAGUCGAGACUGGCGACGACUUUGGUUGAGAAAGUCGGAUGGCGGAACCCCGUCGCUUCCCGCUCGCCCCAAGAGAACCUGAAACCGGAGGAGCGUCUCAAUGAAUGGGAAAUGGUAGGUGGCGACUACGUCAAACGCGAGGAGACAAAGCCGCAGCUUCCAGGCGCUUUCCCCGACAGCACAUACAACCUAGGCGACGACUGGAUGCAAUUUGACGACCAAGAUAUAGAGGGCUCUUUCAUCUUCGACCUGGAUAAUCAUUAA